AUGCCAUCUCUUUCGACCGCCUCCGCUCUCUGCCGCAAGCUCUUUACAAAACUCGACAGCUUCUCUCGCGAAGCCUACCUACACUGUAGAUACUCGAGGGAGAAAACGAACGCGACACGACUUCCAGAGGGGCUCUCCAAACUUCGACUCUUUGCCGCAUCAGAUCCCAAACGCAUCCCCCCCGCGCAUACUAUACCAACAUUUGACAGUCCCGUCUCGCUCGCAGGCACAAGAUACAGAUUGGCCCCAGGAAGCAGGGCCGCUACAAUAAGUUCAACAGGACAGAAGUACCCUCCGCAAGACCAUGCUUCACCCCAAUUUCUCUCGACGCGACGACGGCUGAUUGACUCGGAGUCAGACUCUCUUGACAUGGGAACACCGGAGACAGUAUCUAGCGAUAAAAGCCAACAUCAGAUACCAAACCCCCCGAACCUUCGAGAUGGGGUAGGCAAUGCCAUAUAUAGAUUUGCCGGCGUCGCUGGCAAAGUGUGGCAGAAUUGGUCGUCUACAUUUCGAGGGUUUUACUCCGGAGGAGGCCAAGGUUUUGAUAUGAGAGCGAUGCCCUAUAAUGAGAAUGAGAAAUCGAGUCAAUGGGAUUUUGUAAUGCAAGAAAAUUAUUGGAGAAAUGACGAUGAAAUCCCAGCAACCCCCGGGAAAUUUCCGCAAGAAGAUUAUAUCCCAAAUUAUUGGUCGCAAGGCCUACAGGACCAAGCCAGCACACCGCCGCGGAAGCGGAACAAGCGGGAUCCUGAUAUGACGACGAACUGGGUCAUCGUAGGCAAUACGCCACAUUCAAAGAAUGCCAGCCCUUCCAGAUCGGUGUCGAAAAAAGUUGCUUCCUCACCAGGAUCCACAAAACGUGCCAGUCCGCGUUCUAGAAGACCUCAACCACCGACGACGCAGCCUUCGUUCGCGGCCUCCCCAAGGCUCCGAUCUGAUCGUGCAUCUUAUGCUUCGCCGCGAUCAGCCUCGCCGGUACGAGACAGUCCAGUCAGUGCGGAAGUCCAGAAACAUGCCGCACGGAUACGCAAAAAGGAGGCUGAGGAGGAUGCUCGACUGAAAGUAUUUAAUCAGCAACUCAAAGUCAUGAUCCGAGAAGGCAAAGAGGCAUUAGGUACCAGAUUCGAGGUUGAAGAGAUUGACGAGAAUAUGGCUGGAUAUAGCGAUACUUUCCGCAGAGGUAAAAGUUGA